UGAGAGCGAGGCGCAUCAGAUUUGGAUCCUCAGACUCAGUCACUGUUUUCCGUCGGAGUCUUUGUGAAGCAGCGCAGCAGCUCUGGACUGUUUACAAGCGGCCAAACGAGCUUUUUACACCCCGAAAUCAAGCGACUGGGUCCGGCCAGGAGGAUUUAGAAGACACGGUGAGUGAGAACACCGCUGCAGAGUUUGUUUCUGGGGGGAUAAAAGGAGCCGAACAUGCCGGUGUUGAGGGGAAAGAAGCCCGCAGUCACCGCCGGGAGUAGGAUCCCGAAGCUGACCGCAGCAGCCACCGAGAACCAGGAGGAAGGCCCGCAGGUGAAGAGGUCCUCCUCACCUCCUCAUGGAGCCCCCAAGAAGAGGACCGCCUUCAUAGACAUCACCAAUGCCAUCGGUCUGUGUCUGUCAGACUGUCGGCCCGAUGGCGACCUCGGCUUCAGGACAGCUCACAAGGUUCAGAUCAGCAUCCCAGGGAGGAAGAAAGAAACUGGGAAGAGGCAGGUGAAGAAAACGAGCUCCGCCUCGGUGCCAGCGAAGAAUCAAGCCAACCUGAAAAAGUCUUCGUCUGUGAGCUCUGAGGGGACGCCUGCAGAGAAAGAGAAGAGCGAUGCUGAAGAGGAGGCGCAGAGGGACGUGGAAGCUCCAGUCGAAGAGCUGGUGGCUGCCACGCCCCCUGCUGUCCGUGAAGUGCCAGCACACCUUCAGAAACAAGUUAUCCCAAAGGAGUUUGACAUCGACUCGGAGGACACAGAGGACUGCUACAUGUGUCCGGAGUAUGCCAAGGACAUCUUUGACUACCUCAAAAAGAGAGAGGAGAAGUUUGUGCUCUGUAACUACAUGCCCAAGCAGCCCACCCUUAACCCCGAGAUGAGGGCAAUCCUGAUUGACUGGCUGGUGGAAGUACAGGAGAACUUUGAGCUGUACCACGAAACCCUGUACCUGGCCGUGAAGAUGAUGGACCACUACCUGUCCAAGACUCCGGUCCACAGGGAGCUGCUGCAGCUCGUCGGCUCCACCACCAUGCUCAUCGCCUCCAAAUUUGAGGAGCGCAGUCCGCCAUGCGUCGACGACUUCCUCUACAUCUGCGACGACGCGUACAAGAGGGAGGAGCUUAUCUCCAUGGAGGCGAGCAUCCUGCAGGCGCUGUCCUUCGACAUCAACAUCCCCAUCCCGUACCGCUUCCUCAGACGCUACGCAAAGUGUGUGAACGCGGGGAUGGACACGCUGACCCUGGCGCGGUAUUACUGCGAGAUGAGCCUCAUGGAGAUGGAGAUGGUGUCGGAGAGAGGAUCGCUGCUGGCCUCGGCCUGCCUGCUGAUGGCGCUCGUCACCAAAGACCUGGGAGGUUGGUCUCCCAUCCUUCAGUUCCACUCGGGCUAUCAGACGUCAGAUUUGGCGCCCGUCGUCCAAAAACUCCACGCAAUGCUCUCAGCUCCCCCGGAUGACAAGCUGAAGUCCAUCAGAAACAAAUACUCGCACAAGGUGUUUUUCGAAGUCGCGACCCUACCGUUGGUCAACAUCGACGUGUUGGAGAAAGCUCUAUCUCCGCGAGACGUCACCCCUCCCUAAAAGGGGAAAAAAAUUUAAAA